UUAUAUUUAUUAAUAAUUAUUAAAGAAAAAGAGACAAAAAUAAGUAUAGUAGUAUUUUUAUCAUGAAAAUAACCUUUUAAAUUGUAUGAAAUAUUAAAUUUCGCAAAUUUUAUUGAAUGAUGAUAAAUUAAGCACAAACAAAAACUGGCAGAACAGCUGUUGUGUUUUGUUUACAUUUUUUAUAAACAACAACAACGUUUCUAUUGUAAUUACCAUGAGAUUAAAUGAAAAAAUAAAAAUCCUGGGAAAACGUGUCAUCCUAGUACCUUACGAAGCUAAACAUGUACCCAAAUAUCACACCUGGAUGCAAUCGAAAGAAUUACAAGAACUAACAGCAUCCGAACCCCUAACGCUGCAGGAAGAAUAUGAUAUGCAACGUUCAUGGCGUGAAGAUGAAGACAAAUGUACAUUUCUCAUACUCUGCCGUGAGACAUACGAUAAAACCGGUAAUGAAAUUGAAUCUUUGGUAGGUGAUACCAAUCUAUUUCUAACAAUUGAUCAAGAUUCCAAUGAAAAAGUAGCUGAAGCUGAAAUAAUGAUAGCCGAAUCAAGGGUACGUGGUAAAGGUUACGGUUGGGAAUCUAUGUUAUUAAUGAUGAAAUAUGCUCAACAAAAUUUGGCCAUUAAUAAAUUUGAAGCGAAAAUUGGUAUGGAUAAUGAAAAAUCCAUUAGAAUGUUUGAAAAAAUGCAAUUCAAAGAAGUGGCUAGAGUGGAGAUUUUCCGUGAAAUAACCCUGGAAAGAUUGGUAACGUCCGAAUGGAUAGAAUGGUUAGAUGAUCAAGUACAAUUGGAAAUAGAAGAUUAUUGAAGUUAAUAUUAAAUAAUGUGAUAUAUUGUUGUGACAAUGAAUGGAAAUACAGAUAUCUUGUUUAAAAUAAAAAGUUUUUUAAAGUUUUGUCACAAAACUAUUGUGAGAAUUAUUUAAUUUUACUUGCGCUUUUCUGAUUAAUGUAAUUUUAAUUAAAAUUACUUUUAAAUAACAUGUAGACCUCUUCCGCAUUAAUAAAAACCAUUUGUUUAUGUUGUUAUAUUCAAAUACUUGUAUUUGGUUUAUAUCCAAUUGAAAAAUAGAAAUAAACAAGUUAAUUUAUUGUUUAAAAUUCGUUAAAUAGUUUUUUUUCUAACAAAAAUUAAAUAAUAAUUUAAUUAAAAGUUAAAUAA